GUAGGAACUGGCAACACCUUGUACGGUGAUUGUUUCAUCACGCAGCGAAGAAUGAGGUUAUUACCUAGCUUAUUACACAGACAAGGUCAGAGAAUAUUCAGUGAACUGCUAUACUUAUAACGGAAGGUCCUUGAUGUCGUAACGGUGACGAGAUGCUCAAAAUCAUCCGCUUGAAAUGCGAAAUACUUUCACUACGCGAUACUUCCUAAUCGGUCCGUACGCCUUUUACGUUUUAAAUUGCCUGCGAACAACCGCAAGUUGAUCCGACGCAUAUUUAUCUGAUGGAUAAAUAUCAGGGGUUACGUUAGUUCUGUAUUAUCUCGAAAAAUUAUAUAAAUAUUGCCAAGAGUGAUCACCCACAUAGGCGCCAUAUAGAUCGAUAGAUACCCUAAACCGCAUCCGUUGAGAAACGUGCACAUCGUGGGCAAAUAAUGCAUAAUCUGCAAAGGUGGGAUUAUUCCUGAUCUGGGAUCGCUCGAGAUCUCUUCGACAUGAAGCCCCCGCCGACGGCCGAGAGCCCGGUGGACGACACCGACGACAUCUUCGGCCCUCCUCGGACUUACCCGACCGGGUACAGUCCCCCGAAAUCGAGGCCGCCUAUGAUCUCGCCCAAAUACAGGCAGAAAGAAGAACGGCGAAAGGUGCUGAAGAUCAGCAUCAACAAACUGAAGAAGAUCGACGAUCCUGAGGUCAGUUUGUGCAGAUCGGUGCUCAUCAACAAUACCAUGAAGAAAUUGCAGAAGGAGGCUAGGGAAGAGAAGGUACAGAAGCAACAACUUAACUACCCCCAAUGUUACGACAAUGACGCCGAUUACAUCAGGCGGAGCGACAAAAUGCUGGGAUUCGACGAACCCGAUGACAGCGUGUUCGAUUCCAAACUGGAUGUAAGCGAUGCUUCUACCAAGGAGGUGCUGAGCCUUGUAGAAGAGAAUCUAGACCAGCUGAGUAGCAGUAGUCAAGACGCCUUCCAACCAAGUAGCAGUGUCGCCAUCGUGCAGAGUGACCAGCUACAGACCAAAUCACGUUCCUUUGAUGAUGUUGACGUCCAGGAUGUCUUAUCGCAGUUCUACAUGCCUCCCACGCCAAGAUUGCUAACAUGCAUCGACGACGAUGAAGACGUGAACGUGGUGGACGACCAGCCUCCGUCGAAGCGACCGAAGCUCGACGAGGACGUUUCGCUCAGCAGCUGUGAUAGAUCUCCCUUGCCAGACUUCGUCUCGUUCCCGUCGGAUAACAGCAGACUCAGUUGCGGUCACGCGUCCAUGUUCGGCGAGAUCCAGAGCAACGUGUACCACAGUUUGAUCGCGUCCCUGGAGACGUAGCAUAGUGAGGCGGUGUGGAGCUUCAACGAGGGCCAAGCCGUGCCUCAUACAGGUUUGCACGCCGGCUCGUAACGGUUUGCCGGACUUGAUGUAAAUAGUAACUUUAAGCUGUUAUCGUGAUUUUUGGAACUGGAAUCUGGAUAUUUUUUGAGGACUGUGGAGCAUCAACAUGCUCGGUUCUACAUAUGCAUCGGAUUGAAAUAUCGGUUAUUUAUUUUUAUUUACAGUCUACAGGGUGUUCGAAAAAUAGACGGAGAUAUUUUAAAAAAAUAUUAAAAGUUUCCAUAAACAUGGGUGCGGGAAUGCAGAGUUUUUAAUUGAAAAAAAAAUGAUUUUUUGUUUUUCAAGGCAAAAAUUAACAAACCAACUUUGUCCAGUAACAUGCAAUAAAACGGUUUUUAUUUUUUUUUCUCGAAAACGAAAUGGCAAAGAAGUUGUAUUUUUAGAUACUUAAUCAAACAACAAAUAUAAAAGUUUCAAAAAAUUAAAUUUUAAAGAAGUUUAGAUUGUAGGGGCGUAUAUUUUUUUGGCAAUAAUAUUCGCUAAGGUGCCCCCCGGGACGCCACUGGACCUAAGAAUUUUAGUCUAUUUAGAGCUAAAUUAGCCUCUUAAUACAACAAAUAAUAUUGCCAAAUUUCAACAGAAUCGAAUAAAUAUUUUUUAAGAUAUAAAUAAAAAAAAUUUUUAUUUAAAUUCAUCACCCUGUAUAUUGAAAACUAUGCAUUUCCGGACCCAUGUGUAUACGAACUUUUUUCAUAUUUUUUAAUGAUGAUCACCCUGUAUAUUGGUACAGAAAGUCAAGUUCAACUUUAUUUCACACUUCUAUACAGGGUGUGCCAAUAUUUUACGGACAUAGAAGUACCACGCAGAUUUUCAUAUAUUUUUGAAUCAGAUAUUCCGAUUUGAAUGAAAUUUUUGACCCUUUACAAAAAAAAACGAAUGGGGUCGAGAAUAACAAAUUAUAGCAGAAUUUUUUUUUUCGAAAAUAAAAUGUUUUCAGGACCUGGCUUUAAUUCAAAAUUUAUAAAAAAACAAACGUUACUCAUCAAUUUAAACUUUAUUUAACUUGUCAAAAAUAAUCUGACACUGACAAAACAUCCCAUAUUUACGCCAUCUAGAUGCCUAAUAGAUUUUAACACUUGAUGUUAUAAGAACAAUUUUCAGAAAAACAAUUUUUUUUCGAAAAUUAAGCGUUUUUAUACGAGAUAAAAAUGAAGUAAAUAAAACUUAUUUUCAGUCUAAAAAUACGUGAUACUGCCAUGUCCAUGGACUAUUGGGAUACCCUGUAUAAUUACGAGUAUUAAUUAAUUAUAAAAUGGAAAAAAAACCGGAAAAUCUUUAUCCUUUAUCAACAAAACAACACACAUCAAAUUGGGAAACCCAGUUUUAACAUUUUAAUCUGGAAUUUCCAAUAAAUAUGAUCUGUUCGUAAAGCACAAUAAACUUGAAAUUGAUUGGACAAGAAAUCAUCACAAAUAUUACAUACUCAGUAAUUAUAUAACAUCAUCGCUACAAAUUUAAUAUGGCGUCAUAAAAACAAUUAACGUAAAUUGUUGCACCAAGGACACUAUACGUAUGAUAACAUGGAUUUUUCUAUAUCAGUCCACCUUUCACGAAAUCUAUUUAAAACUAGAGAGCAUUGUUUAUAUUGAAAUUAUAUCUCAGUCCGGUAGCAAAUAUCUGGUUUCCAAGGCAAAACGUCGCGAUGGUGUAUCAAUAAAGUGAUGUACAUUAUUAUCGUACUUACCGGUAGAUUGUUGAGUAAUGCAGCGUGGAUCUGAGAAAUGAAAUAGAUCACAAAAAAAAUGCAGUCAUGAUAUAUUUAUAUUUCUACAAAAAAAAUUUUAUACCUUCGCCUGAACGUGACCGUUUUCAAGUUAUAAGCGUUUUAUUUAUUGUCUGAAAAACUAAAAAAAAUCUUCGGAGUUCUGUAGGGGAGCUUUGAGUCCUAAUGACACUUGCCAACUUCAAAAAUGAUUGAAAAUGUCCAUUCUUAGGGUUUUUCAAACAUUGAAUCGCUUAACUUGAAAACGUUCAAAAAGUUGCCGAGUUCGUUUUUUGUUCAAAAUGAUCCAAAAAAACCUAAAAGCAAAGCAUUGCAACUACCAUCGUUACACUAUUACGUUUUUUUUUUAGGUUUGUAAAUAUAUUAUGACCGUUUUUUUUGAAAAUAUACUCAUCAUACAUGCCAAUUCCAAAAUGUAAAAAUGUUCAUAUAAAAACGUAAUAUCGAAUAAGACAUAAAACAAUUGUAACAUAUUUUGCGACGAUCAACCGCCAGUUUUGCAAUAUUUAAUGAUUAUCUGAAAUUAUCGUACGUGUAUAAGAUAGCGACGAUUUUAUAUUCCAAUAUCGACAUAGAUAAAGUGUCCAUUCUAGGCUAUUUUGCAUCAAAGAGCUGUGAUAAAUAUGCGGGGCUCACUGCUUGUGUCACAAAUUAAGAGAAAAUGUUAUGUGAAUCACCGCAAAUAAUAAAAUGAUCGAGGGUGGUAUUUGUUUUUUAUCGUUAUCAGUCGACGAAUUCAAAUCGAUAAGGAGAUAAGUCUGUGUCGUUCAUUCAACUACCUUCACAAUUCUUUAAAAAUUAUGCUAGAAAAAACAUUUCUUAAAAUCGUCGAACAUUCGCACUUUUAAAGAAUAACACUAAAAAUGUGAAUUGAACGACAGAACUGUCAAAAAAUAAACUUAUAUCAAGUAAUAUGAAAAAAAUCUUUUGGGCAAGAGUUCAAAACUCUGAUAAUAUAAGGGCCAAUUUCAACAUCAUUAAUAUUUGACUUGGGCCAAUGGGAAAAUACCUUAUCGAAAUUAAAUUUGACGGAAGCUGUCAACGGUCUCUGAAUAUCAGUGAUUUCUAUUAAAAUAUUGAAUAAAAUCGUGAAAAUUCGACUGUGUUAUAAACAAGACCACUUUUUGAUUCCAAUAUGAUGCUUUUGUACAGAGAAAACAGGACAACUUUCAUGUAUUUUGAUUUCUCUUAUAAAUUUACAUUUAACAACCCGUUAUCCCCAAAGCCAAUGGGAAUGCGGCACAUAAUAGGUCGAUUUUAUAGCUGUUAAAUUUAAUAGCAGGCUUGGACGUUUGUUAAUGCAUGGCAAUCUCGAAUCUGUUAAGUUCAAUAUACUGAGUGUUUAUAUGUUAUCAUUAUAGCUACAUACUGUUCAAUAGUACGGAUUUGUCUGUAUUUUGCAAGAAAAUAAAUACAUUCCAACCAAUUCCUCAUCUUCCUUUACAUCAUAAUAGUAAUCAUUUAUUAAUUUAUGGGUUAGUCAAUUUCUUCAAAGCAAUAAAAACAUUAUGUCAUCUCCGCGAUGCAUAAUGCAAUUACUGCGGAAAAAUUUCUCACAAAUACUCCAAAAAUCAUAAAAAAUAAUGUUUCUUGUUUGAUUGCCUUUUUAACUUUCGGGAAUAUCUAUCUGUCACCCGCAGGGUUGCCAUGUCUAACGAUGAUCACGUCCCGUGGUGUCACUUCAUAUUUUACAGUGUUGCCAAAAAUUCGACGGAGAGAUCUUGGGGAUUUAACGGACCGUUUGGUACUCGUACCCUAUUGGUGCGGAAUAAUGAUUUGUUAAAUUGUGAAAUACACCCUAAAUCUUUGACAGUACGAGCACGUGGAAAAUUCACAUAAGUUUUCUCUUAUAUUACAGAUUCCUCCGUAAUGACAUAAUUAUGUUUCCCCCCGUAUAUUGAGUACAUUGUAGCCAAGGUUGUUUGAGAUCAGCUCAAAUGCAUACUAAUCACGAAUGGAUGGUAUUGUGACGUCACAUAAAGUUAACAAGAAGAGACUAAUUGCAAAAUAACAACUUUUACUUCGUAGUGAUUUUGUGCUUUCAAUUUUUAAACCUAAGAAAAUCAAAAAAUGACAGCCUAGCUUUCCGCAAUAUUUUUGUAUUCAUCUCCGGUAAUUGUGAAGCAAUACAAUAAAAGAUUAGAUUUUCUCCCAAUAAUCCCAUAUAUCUCUCCGAGUUCGAUACCCAGGUGUUGAAAAACUGUGCUUUUGGGCAAAAAGAAAUAGAGCGCUUUAUAUUUUUUCGUGUUCUUCAUCCAUGUAUCCAAACCCAAACAAAAAUAUUGCGCUUUAUGCGAUAGUUUUGUAUUUUCAAGUCAACACUGAUAAAAACAUCUAUAAUGAAAAUCAUCUUUUUUUAUACGAAAGGCUAAUAUAGUAUUCCAAAAACCAUGUAAUUUGUAAUAAUUGCAGUUCAUAUCAAAGAAAAAGGAUGUAAACAACUGCUUAUCUUUUCAUUGACCGUGUGAUAACCUGAAUAAAAAAAAUCAAUAACACCUCACGGCGUAUACGAGGGCGGUUCGAUAGUACUUAGUAGAAAAACUAAAAUUUUGGGAAAGUGGCGAUUUAUUUAUUCUUUAACUCGUCUGAAAAAUACGGUGUCUGUAGGGCGAUAAACGUUUUCAAGUUUGGAAACAAAAAGAGGUCGAGCGUACUUAUCGGACAGCCCGCGUAUAUUUGGCAUUCUCUUGUUAACUUUUUCGUGGACGCAGAAUAUUGUAAAUAAUUUUUACGUAAUAAAAGCGAUUGAAUCUGUGAUAAGAACAAUUGUGUUAAAACUUACCUCUAGUAUAAUUUAUAAUAUCCUUACAGCAUAAAAUAUCGAUUGCUUUUUAGAGAUUAAGAUCCAUAAUGAUAAGAUGCUUUUGUGAAUGGUGGCUUACGAGUUUUCAAGGCGACUUGCAGUAGAUGCAUAUACGUAUUUUUUGUACAAACAAAGUAUGAACAAAUGGAUUUUGUAAAAGAUUGAAUGAACAUUGAUUUGUAUUAUAUAUUUUUACGUAUGACUUUUUAAAUUUAUUAUUUUUUAGCUAUUGGUUAUUCUUUAAUUGUUGUACAGUUGACAGUCUAAAAUAUUUAUACGUAUUUGAUUGUUUAUAUUUUCCUCCGCUCUACCAUACAAAAUCUGUCAUUAAUUGAAGAAAUCAAUCGGAAAUUUUGAAAUGUCGAAUGUUUUCUAGAGGCAAAGAAAUUCAUAAUAAAUCGUAGACAUUUGAAGCUUUGAAAACCCGCAUGAUUUUUUUUUGUUCUCUACCUCUAAAAAACACCCGACAUAUAGAAAAAAUAUUCCUUUGAAACAGUAAUUUCUUCUCACUUUCUGUAUAAACGUUAUCGGCAUUUACUUGAUCAAUUUAUUUGUGUCUGCUAAUGAUUAUAAACAUUAUCAUUGCGUUCUCUACGAGAGUAUAAUAUUAUGAGUUUAAAUUAUGUUUUUUUUAUUGAUACCAAAUAAACGUUACCUAACAUAUUUCACCAUUUCAUUACUGUUAUAUUGUUUUAUUUGUAUUAUUAUGAUUCUGGUAUGUGUGUACAUUUAGGCGUUGCCCUGCUAUUGGUAAUGCAAUAAAGUACCUGAAAAAA